AUGCCUUCCAUCGGACCGCAACUGCCUCCACAAUUAGCCAAACGGAAAACUUCUAAAGAUGUGUCCCAUGAUCCAUCUUCUCCGCCAUGCAAGCGUCAAGCUGCAUCCUCAAACUUGGGAUACGCCGAACCCAUUCAAUCGCACAAAAAUGCUGACGAGGUAACAUUGAAUUUAGAUCCCGAUAGUAACAAUAAUAUACACGACUCAAUCAAAGAUACAUCUCACUCACGAACUUCGAGUCCUACACCACCAUUAUUAUCACGUAUAGAGCCAGAAUCGUCUAGAAAACUAGAUACCGAAGAUUCACCCGCAUGCUCGGGAAGUGGCAAGCACUCACGAGUCUUUGGCCCUACUCUUCCCCCAACCACAAAACGUGCCUCGCAAUCGGCAGCAGAUUCAGGCGACGAGAUUUCUUCCGAUUCCGAAGACGACUACCAACCUCCGUUACCUCCGACAACAGGCAUUCCGGCCCAAAGUCAUCUGUACCCGCAAGCUCCACAGUCUCUGACAGCUCCUUUGUAUGAGGAGACGCCGGAAAGGCGACCACAGCGUGAUGAUUGGAUGCUGGCGCCUCCCACUUCGGCUGACCAACGCACGUGUAACGACCCGACCAAGCUGCGCAACCGCAAAUUCAGGUCGGGACCUAGUGCUAUGUCUGCCAAUAACCAACUAGGAGUUAGUACGAUGUGGACAGAGACAGCAGACGAGAAGCUUCGGCGCCUCGAAGAUGAGGUUCUAGGCCGAUGCCCAGUCAACGCGGCGGCCACAGGGUCCAAGAUGAGUACAGCUCAGGCCCGUCGCGAGAGGCGGGAAACUCAGGUUACAGAGGAGCGAAUUCAGGUCUACAACAAACAAAACAGAAAUAAGAGUCUACUCGCUGAACGCGAAGCUGCCCAGGGUCGCGGCGAGCUAAAUAAGGAGGAUGCAGAUGAUCCAAGUCAGCGCGGAUUCGAUCGCGAGAAAGAUAUGGCGCUGGGUGGAUACAUGGGCCAAGGCAAGCGACAGGAACUCCUAAAUCGCGCUGCUAGCUUUGGCAGCCGCUUUCAAAAGGGAAGUUAUUUGUAA